UGCUCAAACACGCAUAGGAUGAGCAACGACCUCGCGAACGACCUCGCCACCAAAGUCUGGCAGAGUAAAAUACCGCUGCGGCUCUCCCUGCACGACCGAGCCGACGCCACACCUCUCUACCUCCUCCAUCCGCGCGGCGCGCCGCUGGCCGCGAUUGCAGGAAGACUAAGACGCCACUUCCGGCGCCACUUAGAAAACCAAACGGACGACGAGUCGCCGCGGCCCUACGCCCCGUCGCUGGCGGACAGUCAAUAUUUCUCGCCCCUCGGCAGCGAAGCCUGGGCCGAAGCUGAUGAGGAGAACGACGACGACGAGCCGGCGCUGUGGUUCCAGCUCCACGACGCGGUCGUGCGGUGGGACAUACCCUUGGGGGCCGCGCUCGACGCGCUUGGCCGACCAACACCGUUGCCGAUCGACGUCACCCUACAUAUAGGCCGGCCCCCUCCCAAUAUAGCGGCCCUGGAUGCGAGUGACGACGGCUUCCGGGCCUUCGUCCACUCGCUGAAGCAGGCGGCGCAUCUGGAGCGAGGCACCGCGCGCGCGGUGCUGACAUUGGCGCUCGCGCGGCAGCGGGCGUUGUACGCCGCGUGCGGUGCGGGCGAUCUCUCUUCAUAUGAAGACCUGGAGGACGUGGAGCCAAAAAGGGUGCCGUGCCGCGUCUUCGUCGAUGGGUGUUCCACUUGGACGCAACUGCCCUUCGCCGCGUGUAAUGAACACGGCGCGCCGGCGACGGUGGGCGAGGCGCUCGGGCCCUGCGUGCGCCGGGCCCUCUCCAUCCAUGAUGUGCGCGGUGCGACGGCGGUGUGCCACGGCGUCGAGCUCCCGUGGGACUGCGCCCUCGUGGACGCGUGGCGCGCGCUGCGGUGCGGCGACCACUUUCUUUACGUCGCCGUGCGGCGUUUGGCGUGA